AACAACGGAUGCUGAACGGGUGGGCUGCUCGUUGUCACAGUGAUGCGUCGUGGUUUUGUUUGUCCCAUCCCCCUCAACCCGUUUUCGGUAACAAUUGUGGACGCGUUUCGUGAAUUGUGAUGUGUGGUUUUUCUUGCGUGUGUAGAUGUGUGGAGCAAAACUCUUGUGUAAACAAAAGCAUCAGUGCAUCUUCAUUUAAAAUCGGAAAAGUUUGCGAAUGGCGUAUGUGGAAAGUGUUUGAACGGAUGGAAAUAAUUUUCGCGUGUUGUGAUGAUGUUCAAAUAAAUUGUUGCGAACAAAAAACAAUAGUUUUGUGUUUCAUACAAUCAUUCAUGUUUGCUAAAAUCUUUCAUCGGCCAUUAGUUUCUUCUCAUGCUGGAAUGAAAGAGUUCUUUGCUGAUUUCUUGUUGGUGUCCGUGUCUGUGUCCGUGUGUGUGUUUCAGUGAGGAAAUUGUACAUUUUCCGUAUUCGCUCUCUCUGCAUAGAUUUUUUUUUGUUGGUCCAACUGUGCUGGGUGAGCGUUAAAAUUUCCUUCUAGUGCAAUGGGUUUCAUAUGAUUUCGCCGCUCACUCACCAAAGGUCCGACACUGAACAGCAUCCAGCAGCACACAACGUCACUUCCUUACACUCGCCCCGAACCAAUCUGAAGGUAGGCUCUGGAGGAAGCAAAUGGGGAAAAAGCUCUCUCGCAGCUGGAAUUGGUUUUGUGGAAAAUUAUUCUCCAUCAGGCUCUUGCUUUGAUAAGAGCAUCAAACGAAUCGAGAAAAUCGUAGCGGGCGGUGCCUGUUGAGGACAGCAAAAAAAACUCCCCGUCCUAAUCCUUUGUCUGGCGUGAAUUUAGUGUGAUUGCAUGAAAAAUAGUGUGCUCACGAAGAGAUGAUCUUCACUCAAUUGGUGUGAUUGUGACAUGUUUCCGGUAUUACUACUAGCAUUAUGUGUGGAUUGUGCCGUGCAUUAAUUUAAACCAACUCUCCGUGCUCCGUAUUUCCAAACGUCUAACGUCUAACGGCUAGUGAAAGACGCCUGUAAACGGGGACAGAACAGUUUUAUCGUUAAAAGAAAAAAACAAUUGUUGUUCAGCGUGCAAAUAUGUUUCAGUGCAUAAUACAGCAACGGAACGGAUGGAUCCAUCAGCCGAGUCCCGAAUUUCGGGAUGUCUUUCCAGAUAUAAGACAACAGCUAAACGAACAGCUCAAAUUUCUGGAUGUUCGCAUGGAAGCACAGAUAGCGCUUGUACAAGAACUUCAGGAUUUCUUCCGACGACGCGGCGAAGUGGAACUAGACUACAGCAAAAGCUUGGACAAGCUGGCUAAAAGCUUACAGCUUCGGCACAAAGAGCAGCGUCAAAAACGCGAGCAAUGGCCAAUGUUCUCUUCCUACUCGUGCUGGCAGCAGCUGGUCAAUCAAACCAAAUCACUAUCCAGAGACCAUGCGGCCAUGUCCGAAAUUUACUCGACACAUCUCGUAGCCCGUUUGCAGACAGUAUGGGACGACGUUCAACGUAUAUACAGAAAGUGUCGUGAAAUUGGAUUUGAAACGCACGUAGAAAUAUUACGGAUUUUACAAGAACUUCACACAAACAUGAAAACAUACCACACGCUGCAGACGGAGGCAAAGGAAGCGGAAAAAAAGCUACGACUAGCGGAGAACCAACGGAUGAAGCUGCAGCAGAGUGUGCCCAAGGAAAAGCUGGACCGCAGCAAAAAGUAUCGCCUGAUCGAGAAGGAGGUGCUGAAGCGAAAGAACAAAUACACCGACGCAAGACUGAAGGCGCUGAAGGCGAAGAACGAAUAUCAGCUCUGCCUGGAAGCGUCCAACACGACGAUUCACAAAUAUUUCGUCGAAGAUUUGAGUGAUUUAAUUGAUUGCAUGGAUCUUGGUUUUCAUUCGGUCGUAUCGCGCGCCCUGCUGAUGCAUGUUUCCGCGGAUCAGGGCCGUUGCCGGGCGGUGCUACAUAAUGCUGAAACACUGUCACACAUCGUCAACUCUAUGGACAGUCGGGCGGAUAAGCAAAAGUUCCUUGAGCAACAUAGUGCCGCUUUCAUGAUUCCGAAGCGUUUGGAGUUUCAGGGCCAGGAUGAAGAUGUGGAGCCGGAGCUACAGAAGGCACUGCAUCAAGAGAUGGAAUCUCGGCUAAUGCAGCUGGAGCAGCGCGUCAACAACUUGCGCAUGGAGUCGGAAGAAAUUUGGAAAACUCUCGAAACGGCAGAAAUUAAUCUGCUGGACAUACUCAACACGAAGGAUUACGAUUGCACUAGCGCGUUCGGUGAUGGUGCUGUCGCGUUUCAGAAGCCCGAAAAUACAUCCGUAAAAUUACGUUCCGAUAAGAACGAAAUCGAAGAAUUCUACAUAACGAAAAUUCGCGAAUACAUUCUCGCAACAUCGCGAAUAGCACGGUUGGAUUCGAAAGCGGAAUAUCUGCGCAAUGCUUUAGCGAAAGAUUCAGCCAUCAAAACAGACACUCUGACGAAAUCGAACGUACCGAAGCGGAAGCGAAUCGGGCGCAUGAACAAAUCGGGCCGGCCCAAACUUUUCGGUGGUUCACUCGAGGAGUAUCUGGAAGUGUCGGGCGAAGAAAUUCCACUAAUUGUUCGAAGUUGCAUAAGAGUUAUCAAUCUUUAUGGAUUGCAUCACCAGGGCAUAUUCCGAGUUUCAGGAUCUCAAGUAGAAAUAAGUAACUUUAAAGAAGCGUUUGAACGUGGCGAUGAUCCACUGGCCGAAAUGACCGACGCAUCCGACAUCAACUCGGUUGCGGGUGUGUUGAAACUCUAUUUACGGGAACUGCGCGAACCAUUGUUUCCUUUAAUUUACUUCGACCAUUUUGUACAACUCGCACAACUCGACUCCAAGCACGAUAUUGUAUCUGGCAUACGCAAAUUCUUCCAAAGCCUACCCAAAUCGGUUGUGGUGGUUAUACGGUAUCUCUUUGCCUUUUUGAACCACCUUUCGGAAUAUUCGGACGAAAAUAUGAUGGAUGCAUACAAUCUGGCAAUAUGCUUCGGUCCCACAUUAAUGCCAGCGCCGGAAGAUAAGGACCAAGUGCAGUAUCAAAAUCAAGUAAAUGAGCUGAUUAAGAACAUCAUCGUCCAUCAUGCCGAACUCUUCCCGAAGGAUCUUGGCGGAAUGCAGUACGAAAAGUUCAUCACUUCCGAAACCUUUGAAGAUAUUGAUGUUGGAGACUCUCCCACGGAACAAGUGUCGGAAGAUCCGGAUUCGGAAGUAUAUCCAUCGGAGGAUGAAUCGGACACAUUCGAAGCGAUUGUUCAGUUUGAUUUUAAUGCAAGAUCCGAGAGAGAACUAUCGUUACGAAAGGGGGACACUGUGAUAUUGUAUAAUCAGGUUUCCAACGAUUGGUGGCGAGGUGCAGUGAACGGUAAAACUGGACUCAUUCCAGAUAAGUACAUAUCGCUAAAAAUCAAGGAUGAAGAUCGCGAUAAAAGUGAACAUUUGAAAUCUUCCAGUUCAGAAGAAUCCGUCCGCAAGCGUCGCCCCAGUGGAAACAUUUCGCUCAACAGUCAGCUAUCGAUUUGUACGCAAAAUUCCAACACAUUGUCCAACAUUACGUGUGGCAGCGAUUACACUGCGUCUACCAUUAGUGCCGCAACGGCAUCCGCCAGUGGACACAGUGCUGUCGGUGGUGCUGGCGUUGGUACAUCUAGUGGCAGUGGAGCUGCUGGAACGGUGGCUGGAUUAAUACAAACAUCACUGGCAUCACCCGGCCAUCCACAGUAUCAAACAAUUCAGCACGCCUCCCAGGUGGCUUCGGCCGUGCACCACUCGACAGCGUCACAGUCGCAACAGACGCAACAGCAGCCAGCGAUUGCUAUAGUGACGCAUCAACCACCGUUGCCAUCCGCCCAUCAUGUGCCACCGGUGAUUGGCGAGAAGCUGGGCAGUGAGCUGAAGGAUACCGAUUACAUCCACUACGAUAGUGUGGAUCACUUGAAAGCAUCACCGUACAGCUACCACGAUGAACCACAUUCGUUCGAAAACUCGUUCGAGUUCGUCGAAGAUAUGGCUCUCUUCACAUACGAGACAUCCAAACCAUCGGAACCGAUCUAUGCCGAACCGACCAAAAUUACCAUGAAUCGCGAGAAAUCGCCAGCAGCCGAUAGUGGUACGAGCAGCAACAGCAACGAUGAAGAAUCGGACAAUGUGGAAAUACGGCCACGGCUCGGCGGUAUGGGUGAACCACCGGAGCACAGUAAAUCGACACUGGGACUAAACCGUCGCAGCGAGUCGACACUAACCACCGGCAAAACGAUGGCUUUGGAUGGUGAAUCUGUGGUGAAAGCAACGGACGACCAGUCCGAUCAGUCCAGACCGAUGCGGAAGUAUCACUCGAAGAGCUUCAGCCUGUCGGAGAACAAACUGUCACUGGCGGCCGGUAGUGGAUCGGCCACAUUAAAUGUGUUUCAGCAAAAUCGUGACCUAUGGCAAAAGCGUGCCGCACAAAGCUCUUACCAGAAUUUGACCACGUCACGCAUUCUUAGCCGUAACCGAAUUGCACCGGACUUGGUGAUGGAUCUGCCACCAUCCGCGAUCAACAAGGAGACGGCACAUGCGUCACGAGAAUCGCUCGACACGGAACUGGAGGACAUGACGUCGGCGGAACGUUUCGCAGCACAGAACCAGUGCACGUUGAAGAAGAAUGAACGAUUUUCGAACGAAUCUCCGGUGUACGAGAAUAACACGAUGAAGAAAGAGGUUAAGCUGGAUGUGAAAGGUGGAACAGCGACGGAUAAACCGAAAGCGGAGGUAAAACCACAAGAAAUCAGUAUUAAAUGCGCUACCACACCGAUACCGAUGGCCGUGGAAGUUCCAACCAAAAUUGAAGAUUGUACAGCUGCAAUAGCAGUAGCAGCACCAGUUGCUGCUAGGGAAGAGGAAUCCAAAAGGGUAUCGGGCAGUUCAACACCCGUUGUAUUGUCUGCAUCACCGGCGGGCAGUAGCACACCGAGUACGGUAACUGACGAAGAAUCGGACGUCGUCUCGGCUUCGAGUGAUGGUGGUCUGUUGAUGGCGACAACUUCUGUAACUGGGAAAGAGCUCAGCAAGAGUCCAAUUCCCGUACGCAACACGCAGAAAUUUGUGUCCCAAUUUGCGGACCUACAUUUAACCGGUGGGUGUUUGAUCAAAUCAACUGAAGGUACGUCGGCGGCGAGCGUUUCUUCGAUGGCACAGGAACAACAGGCCAAGAGCCUAAGCUCGUUCAAACCACAGGUGAAGGUAAAGCCCCAAAUAUUGAAAAAACCGCAGGUGCUACCACCGCAAACGCCCGAAAUGCAGCGCCGUAAUGCGGACUAGAAGUGGCUACUGUUCUCUCGCUCAAACACUUUUAACAUGUAAGCGACGAGAACUGAAAAACCCUAAGUGGCACAGACGAUCGGCGUAUCCGUUUCCUCUAUGUCCACGAUACACCAAAUGACCAUACGCGCAAUGGCAGACACAGUCUGUCUUGUUUGUCAUCUGACUUUAGUACGUUUGACUCGAUGAGCACAAGGGGGUAUACUAUAUACAUAGGGCAAAUGACGAGUCGUAAAUUGGUGCAAAGUUUACAAUCUUCCUGCACGUUACAAUAACCGUAAUAGACUUUCGCACAAAACAAACAAAACAAGCAAACAAGCUUAAAAGCGGAUAUUGAUGAAGGCUGACCACGUAAGGGAUACGGACCCAUGUAAAGUGUGUGUGGAUGUGAUUGGGUGUGUGAGCAAGUGGUCAGAUUUGCGGAUUUGAACAGGGGCGCACGUAAGAAUGUGGAUCGAGGAAAACACCAAUAUUUCGAAUAUAUACAAUGCUAAAAGAAAAUGAUUUUAAUAAUUAAGACUGGAUGCGGUACAAUACACAAUACUCGUAAAGAAGGAGCGAAAGAAAGAGUGGUAGGAAAGGACACUGUGGUGCGUAUACCGCACCACAACUCUCCAUGUAGUAGUGUGAUGGUUAGUAGAUGGUUAGCAGAUACAAUAACUGGUCAAAACGAGCUGAUCGCGUGAUGAACAGGGAAUUAAGGAAGAGUACAUUAUAGCGACACUAUAGCGGUAUAUACCAGUAAUGGUGUGGUGCCUUUUUUUAUAGCUGCUUUCAUUUGCAUUAUCACUUUUUUUUAUUGCGAACAACGAAAUUAAUGAAUUUUACUUCUUCUUUCUGUUUUAAAUCAGGAAUGGUAUUACUUAGCAAGAUGGGUUGUGUUUUUCCUUCCCUUCGGGUAUUUUAAGUCGGACUGUGUUUUAAUGGUACCGGUAUUUGGAUAAUUCGACACCUUUUAGUGGCGCUCUAGGCAAGCUAGUAUCCGUGCACCUCGCUCAAGCAUGAAUUAAUGGCAAAGCUUUUCGACCUAUUUGAAACAGGAUAGCAGAACAAACCAUUAAAUUGAAGAGAUAGUGUGUUUGUGUAGGAGAAGAGAAAGAGAGAGAGAGAGAGAAACCAAGCGUAACGAAUACAAAGUACACGAAACGAGAUAUAACCAGUGUAGUUUAUAGCAGUAGCAAUCAUGAUGUUUCGAUUUACAAAUAACACAUAGGAGCUCAUAAAGGAUUUGGCGCAAAACAAAACACAGAGACAGGGAAAUAAAAAAAAAAGCUAGUAAUUAGUAAAUGUAGGUGAAAAAUUAAGUAAUAACUGCUGCAAAACCUUAACCGAACGCUAUACGACUGAUGGUGGUGGUGGUAGUAAAGCACAAAAUGCAACGAUAUGGUGCAGCAGUGUUUUGAAUUACAAAACGAAGCUUAAUUUCUAAAUAUUGAGUUGCUUUUGAGUUGGUGUGUGGGUGUGUGUCACGCACGUGUACGCCACACACUCGUAAGUAACGUUUGUUUAUUGUUUUGUAAAAUGUUCAACCUUUUCUUACACCUUGUCUACGUUACACUCGCCGUAUGGAAUGUUGUAGCAGUUGUAAGGUACACGUAUUAUAUCCACAUACUGGCAAAAUGUAACAGUUGCAUUACUGUCUCAUUGUGUGUAACCAUUUUAUCAUCACCAAGUUACAUAACCUACUACAGCAAGGAUCCAUUUAAAGCUAAAUAACUUGUCGCAACACAAAAACAGAAACCGAAGCAUAAACAGAAACGGUGUAGAAACGUUAUUAUACCAGGCUAUUAUUAUUGCAAAUACCAUUUCUAAGCACACUCAGUAAUUACAAACAUAGUAAACGAAUGGUAAAACAGUAAACGUCAGUAACAGUAACCAAAAAAGAGGAAAUCUAAACCAUUAAUGCUCUAAUCUUCCUAUCUUCCCUAUAUGUGUCGUUCGAGUGAAAGGUGAAAACCCCGAAACGGGGGGAAUGUAGACAGACAUGCAGCAGGAAAAAGUAACAGCAAUACCUUACUGGUGAGAUACUUCCGUUCCAUAGUAGGGGUGUGUGUGUGAUCGAGCACGAUCGGAAUUUCGUUACCAUCGAAAAGAUGUAAUUUGAGGUUAAAACUAGUACACCAACCACUUAGAAGUAAACCGAACAGCGUUUUGUUCUACAGUGGAGGUUUGUUUGAUUGGCAACACAACAGCAAAGCAUAUGAGCCCCGAUGGCGUUAAUUCAAACCCGAUUAGGAAAGAGUGACAAAAUGGUUCAAAAUCAUGCACCACCAAACCGUUUGUGACCAAACCCCACAUUGUGAGAUCAUCGUUGCGUGAAAGGUCAUACAACAAAUCAGUUCUUUUCCAGCGUUUUAAAAACAUUUCCAGUAACUGUUGGCUGCAAAAUCAUCGCUUAAAAGCGAAUGGGGUAAUACUUUGUUUGAGCAUAUGCGUUGGAGGAUAAGUGUGGAUUGUUGCGCAACGCGAGAAGGAGGGAACCCGGGGGGAACGUGAAGUAUAAAACAAUAUACAUACUUCUACAGAUUAUUAUACAUACGCCUGAUGCAUGAUGACGACGCAUCAAGUAUAUACAGAAUAAAUGUGAAACUAAUGAAAAACCAUA